GCCAUUUUGCGGCGUCCCCUCAGCGCCGGGAGCCGUUUCCUUCGGCUCUUAAAGGGGGCACGGCGCCGGGUGGGGUCCCACUCGAGGAGCGGCGGAGCGGAGCGCGGUGACGGAGACCCCAUGGAGCCGCCCCUCCCCCGCCCCCCCGAUGGCGACCGCCGCCGGAAGCGCCGCGAGUUGGACGCCCGCCGCAGCAAAUGCCGCAUCCGGCUGGGGGGGCACCUGGAGCAGUGGUGCCGCCUGAAGGAGCAGCUCGGCUUCGCCCUGCAUUCCCAGUUGGCCAAAUUCCUCCUGGACAGGUCCAGAAAACCCCCCCCAGAAUCCCCCAAUACCUCCAGGGUUGGGCUGGGAGGUGCGGUGGCUGCUCACGGCUCUUCCCUUUGCAGGUACAGCUCGCAGGGCUGCGCUGUGAGUGCAGCAUCCCGCCCCGCAGACCCCAACCUCCUCCACGCCGAUGCCGAUGCCCUGCAGCGUUUGGUCGCGUUGUCCCAUGGCCACAGCCGGGAGUGUGGCUUCAUCCCCGACGUGAAGCCCCCGGCUCCGGGCAGCCUGGCCCCAUUGGUGUGGGAGUGCGUGGCCGGACACCGCUUCUCCUGGGGUGGCCCCAGCGCAGGCGAUGCCCCACAGAGGUGUGAUGGAGCUGGGGGGGGCUCAGAGCGGGGGUCCCCACCGGUCCCCGUCCGUCGGCGGUCACUGCGGAGGACGGGGGUUGUGGUUGAGCCGAUGGUGGAAGAGCCCAGCGCCGUGAAGGACGAUGCAGUUUGGUCACCCGGUGGUGGUGGAGAUGGUGGUGGAGAUGGAGCUCCCCAGGGGCAGAUGGAGGCAGAAACUGCAGCACCGGAUCACGAGAGCAGCACGCCCGGGUUGGAGGAGAAAGCAGAUGGCCACGCUGUGCCCCAGGAAGAGGAGGAGGAGGAAGAUGAGGACUUUGCUGAGGAAGAUGACCUCACCUACACCGACGAUUUGCGUGAUGAGAACUACCACCCAUCUCAGGACAGCGACUCCGAGCCGCAGCGACGACAAAGUCAGCCCCACACCCGUAAGAAACCCGUGAAGGAGGAGCAGACCCCAAAUGAGCAGAACCCGAUGGACUCCAGCUCAGCAGAAGAGAAGGGUGGGCAAGUCAGCUGUAAGCAGCCAAUGCGGUCGUGCGAUGAGGACGUGGCCCAGAUCGGCCCCAAAAGAAUCAGGAAAGCAGCGAAACGUGAAAUCCUCCUCUGUGACUUCGAGGGCUGCGGGAAGAUUUUCUCCAACCGGCAGUAUCUGAACCACCACAAGAAGUACCAACACGUCCACCAGAAGACCUUCACCUGCUCAGAGCCCAGCUGUGGCAAAUCCUUCAACUUCAAGAAACACCUGAAGGAACACGAGAAGCUGCACAGCGACAAACGAGACUACAUCUGUGAGUUCUGCGCCCGCUCCUUCCGGACCAGCAGCAACCUCAUCAUCCACAGACGCAUCCACACGGGAGAGAAACCCCUCCAGUGUGAGAUCUGCGGCUUCACCUGCCGCCAGAAAGCCUCCCUCAACUGGCACAUGAAGAAGCACGAUGCCGACGCCUUCUAUCAGUUCUCCUGCGAUCUCUGUGGCAAAAAGUUUGAGAAGAAGGACAACGUCACCGCCCAUAAGAGCAAGAGCCACCCCGACGCGCCCGGCGCAGCCCCCCAGGCUCUGCCAUCCCCCCCUCCAACCCCGGGCAUGGGGACACGAACUGAGCUUCCAAGGGGGGAUGCUCCAAGUGGAGAGGAGAAAGGUGAUGGGCACGCACCUCCAGCUGCAGCUCUAGCUGAGUAAUAUGGAAUUUGGGGCAAAAUCCGGUGCUGUUGGGUGCUAACGUUGCUGUCAGAGUGGAGGCAGGAGGGAGCACACCUGAUCGUCCUGGAGCUGGGAGCAGGAUCCACAAUAAAGGGUGUUUUUGUAUAAAA